AGAGUUCCUCUCCCUGUCCCUUCCUAUCUGGCAGCAACUGGGCCUGUGCAGGUGCGAACGGACACCUGCAGGACCUUAGAACUGUGCCCACCAUGCAGCCAGGACAGUUCAUCCUUUCACAAUAAGGGUCAGCUGUCCACACCACUGCCUUUUGCAACUCCGCAUGGGGUUACCCAGCCUGGUGGAUGGCCAUGACCACCUCUAACCUCAGUUGAGAACCCAAAGACAUUGGUUGACACCCAGAGACAAUAAUCAACACCUGGCUGCUUUUUUCUGUGUUUACAUCCUGCUCACUGGUUCUGCUGGAAACAUCAAUCCACCAUGGUCGAGUACUAUGAAGCUCUGGGUCUCCCCCAGAAUGCUUCCUUGGAUGACAUUAAAAAAGCAUACAGGAAGAAAGCUCUAAAGUGGCACCCAGAUAAAAACACAGAAAACAAGCAAUUUGCAGAACAGAGAUUCAAGGAGAUUUCAGAAGCCUAUCAAGUACUUUCAGACAAGAACAAACGUGACAUCUAUGACCGUUGGGGUAAGGAUGGGCUACUGGGAAGAGGUAGACCUGGGGCAUCAUCUAGGACCAACAUGAGCCCUGAUUAUAUGUUCCACUUCCGCAGUGCCCAUGAUGUCUUCAGGGACUUCUUUGGAGGACGGGACCCUUUCUUUGGAGAUGCAAUGCCAUUUGGUGCAUGUGCUGGUGGAGGAAAUGGGUUCUGCUUCUACUCUUCAUCAACGAAUUUCGUCAACGGCAAACAGAUCACAACCAAAAGGAUUGUUGAGGAUGGACAGGAGCGAGUAGAAGUUGAAGAGGAUGGAGAGCUUAAAUCUGUUCUUGUUAAUGGUGUGCCCACUGACAGAGCAUCCAUUAGAGAAGCUGGAGGGCAUCAUGGUGAGCCCAACAGAUACAGGUCCGCACCUCAGUUUGGUUACCUUGAUGACUCCGAUUCUGAACCCAUCUAUGAGGUGCGCACCAUCAGGCAUGCGUUCCCCAACCAAAGGAAUAAAGGCUACAGAGCAGGAAAUAUGUCCCCUGCAGAAGACACAGACAGCGAGUCUCAUGAUGAGUUCCAGACUGAGGAUGACGAUGAAUCCCAUAUCCCUGAGUUCUAGCAGCAUGAUGCACAUGAAUUAAAUCCCAUAUAUUGGUGGCAAGUCGGGAGGAUCUUGUUGCCACGUGUGCCUGAUACAAACACACUGAAGACACUGAUAAGAAGAAUUAGGUGCAAAAUGGACCCUGGGUGGAGCUAGGCAGUUGCUGAGUGGGGAGAGGCUGGCUGCCAAGAAAUAUGUCAUGACAACAAGGAGGGAUGGGCAGAAGGAAGAAGGGGGCAAUGCAGUAGUGAAUGCAACCCCUCAGGCGGAGAAAAAAACAGUCCCAUGCCGAAGGGAAUAGCUUCACUCUCACAAGUCACCAAUCGACUCCACCAUGGUUGAAGAAGACUCAGGCAGAAACAUGUCCUCUAAGUCUACUUGUUUACCAGUAUAGUGAGAACUGAAAAUUAUGGGAUCCAUUAGGACGGAGGUUAGCAAAGGGCAAUGGGCUGUUUAAUAAAGGUUGGGAACAGUGA